UAAUGAAUCGAAGUAAUUCCCCAAUAAUAAGACCCCUUUCAAAUAUUUCAAACAGAAAACUUACCUCCACUAACUUAUUAACAAAAUAAAAUCAAAAUUUCUCAAAAUCUUUUGCUCCAAAUUCAGUCAUAUUUCCAUAAAAUUUUGAGACUGCCAAAUCAACUAUCUAAGAAGUCAAAACCGCUACUAAUAAUAUUAUAACCCCAAAAAGUAGUAUUACUUCAUUUAAUUCAACUCCAAGACUUAGUUCAACUAAUAAUGAUGAUCGUAAAUCUAAAAUGUUGAAGAGGAAAUACGAUAAUCAAUAAAAAACUAAAUUUUUAUUGUUUAAAAUACUUGUAUUUUUGAGUCUUAUUGCUGUUGCGCUUUUGCUUUACUAAAUACAAUCAAAUUUAUUUUCAGAAUCAAAAUCAAGUAAAAUUUCUGGAGAACUUCAAUAUGCUAAAGAGAAAAUGAUAGCAGACAGUGUUUCAAAUUCUAUCAUUUAAACUGUUGUUUUUGAGCGCAAAAAAAUCAAUGUAUAGAAGGAGAAGAGUGAUGUGAAAUCAUUUUAUUAAGAUGACUUCUCUUCUAAUUUAUGGAAAAUGGUAAUAAAAUUUUGAUAUGCAAAUUAGGUUCUUGAAAAUGUGAAUAAAGACAUAAGAGUAAGAUUAGAAAAAUAGGAUAAUGAAGAGUACUGGACUGUUUGAUU